UGCUUCGCACGGCGCUCUGCAGGAGCACCUCGGCCGGUGCUCGGUCGCUCCACACCGCGCUGCUGCGACGUGCGCCGCGCGCUGCUCCUCUGCUGCGGGCGGCUCCGUCGCGCGCCUCGGGCACCUUCCACCACGUCAAGGAGGCCGACAACCUGGAGGAGACGCCCUUCGAGUUUGACGAGGAGGCGGAGAAGGAGAUUGCCUUUACGCUCAACAAGUACCCGGACACGCUGCAGGGGCGGCAGUCCGGGAUCAUGCCGCUGCUCUGGAUCGUCCAGGCCCAGCUCGACCGCGCGCACGCGACGAUCAAAGCCGACAACCCGCGCGGCGCGAUGGCGUUCCCAAAGUCGCAGGGCGGUGGUGGCUGGGUCCCACUCGCGGCGAUGCAUAAGAUUGCCGAGCGGCUCGGGUGCUCCCACAUGGACGCCUACGAGGUUGCAACAUUCUUCACCAUGUACAACCGCGAGAAGCGCGGGCGCUUCCACAUCAUGCUCUGCGCCACCACCCCCUGCAUGGUGUGUGGCGCCUAUGACAUCAUGCACACCAUCGAGAAGCACCUCGGCAUCAAGGCGGGCGAGACGACUGCCGACGGCGAGUUCACGCUGACCGAGGUCGAGUGCCUGGGCGCGUGCGUGAACGCGCCGAUGGUGCAGGUCAACGACAUGUUCUUCGAGAAUCUGACCACCGAGAGCACCGUCGAGCUGCUCGACAACCUCAAGGCGGGGAACCCCGUCAAGAUCGGGCCGCAGAACGGCCUCACAAACUCCGAGGGGCCGAUGGGCAGGACGUCCCUCAUCGAGCCGCCUUUGGGGCCGCAGUGCCGCGACCUCGGCGCGUAGCCGCGCAUGCGUGCCGGCCAGUGCCGGCCACUAUGUAGUCAUAUCGUCCCCGUUGCGCGUCGUCGGUCGCUCCACAGUGCGCGGUGGCUGGUUAGUCUGGUCCUAUGGAGAGGCUAGGCUCUCUCUCUCUCUCUCGUUGUCUGUGGCUCUUUACAAUUAAACAUGCCGCCCGAGAG